CUCACAUUCACUAGUAUAUGAUUCAUAAUAACAACCCCAUAUACUUUUCUAAAUCUCUCUGGUUCCAAUCUGUUCAUCAAAAAAACAAGCACCGAGGCAAAAAGAAAAGAAUCUCUGUUUAAUCAACCGUAUAAUAAUUUAAUGAUAUUAUCAUCAUCAUGAGUCCAUCACAAUUCCGUCACCAUCACCACCACGACGACACCGAUCUUCAUCGACAACAACAGCAGCAGCAACGGAGGUUAGUUAUUAACGACGUUAAUUGUUUACGUAAAUCUGGUACUCCAUUGCCGUUGAAGAUUAAUAAAGAAUCUCACCAAAUCCAUAAAUCAUCAUCUUCGUCGUUAACAUCAUCAGCCACAUCUUCGAUCAAUGGUGUUAUUAAUAUGAGUUCUUCGAAGAAUCAUCAGCAACAACAGCAGAGACAUCCUGUUAUUAUCUACACUCAUUCGCCGAAAGUCAUACACACACAAGCUCGUGAUUUCAUGGCGCUUGUCCAGAAACUAACUGGAUUAUCUCAUGCCGAUCAACAACAAAAUCAAUCCGGUGGUGGUCCGGUGGAUACGAAACAAUCUGUGUCAUCGAAUGGGAUUAAUAAGUUUAAUAAUAAUGGUAGUAGUAAUAAUCUGAGAGGAGGAGAUGAUACGGGUUCGUCGUCUGUCGUUACCACCGAUGAGAAUUGUGGUGGUGGAUUUGGAUCGAAUAUUCAUCAGGUUAGUUCUUCGGGGUCUAUGGAUCCGAUGAAUCAUAAUAAUAAUAAUAAUCCUUAUAUAACUGAUAUUCCGAUUUUCACCCCAAAUUCAUUAGAGUUUCCUUAUAUAACUAGAUCUUUUUAUAGUAGAUAUCCUAGUCCUAUGAUUUUUCCUCCUACGGGUAAUUCAGCUGAAAUUACCAAACCAGAAUAUUAAAAAGGAAUUGAAAUUUUGGUAGGAUUUAAUCUCCAUUUUUGUGUAGGAAUUUCCAGUUGUUGUUUCUGAAUACAGUUUUCACUAGGCAAUUCCCAUUCCCAUUUCAUUUAUUCAUUCAUUCUUAGGCAAUUUACAUCCAUUAUUCAUUUUGUUGAAUUUAUUCAUUGUAAUAAAGUUAUUUGUUGAAAUGAACACUCAUACAAUUUUCUUUUA